AAGUAGGCUAUAGCGCCAGAGAUUGUUCAGCAACCGAUUGAACGAGUUUGUUUAGGUGUUUGUUCACCUUUGGUUAUAUUCCUCAAACAAAUGGCCCAGUAUCUUCCGUCAAGAGCCGCCGUCUUCUUUCUAGCGGCCGUUCUGCUGUUUUACUCCGGCCCAGCUAGUGCUGGCAACAGAGUCCCGAAAACCGAAAGGUUUGCGCCAACUUGGGAUGAAACCCGAAAUGAAUGGCAGACAGCAGCGGAACAAUUAGAGGAAAUCGACAGCCAUCAGACGAGAAUGAUUAACAGUGACGUCACUUUAGAGAACGAGUACCCCUACAUGGUGGCGUUAUUAAAGUUUAAUAAUGAAACUCAAGGAAAGUUUGACUACCAAUGUGGGGGAUCUUUAAUUAGUCCAAGUCACAUCUUGACAGCUGCCCAUUGCGUUGAAGAAAACCACAAGGCAUACCCAACUAAAUGGAUCAAAGUCGCUUUGGGUGCCCACUUCAUCAACGAUACGAGCAACGACGCCCAGUUAACGAAAACCAUCGUCCGAAUCAAAAUCCACGAAGAUUACAAUAAGACAGAAUUGGCCAACGACAUCGCCAUCCUGACGCUGAAGUCGCCCGUCAAGUUCACCGAGACAAUUUCUCCCAUUUGUUUGCCUCCGCCGGAAUCCAACGACCAAUACGAAAGCGAAUUGGCCAUCGUCAAAGGAUGGGGGGUUACGGAUGAAGAUGGAACGGGUCCGGAAGUCCUCCACCACGCCGUCAAGAAGAUCAUCUCCAACUCGCAAUGUCAGAAAUUGUACGGAGAUACAAAAAUUUUCAACCAUAAUAUGUGCACCUACAGACGCGGCAAACACUUUUGCAAUGGUGAUAGUGGAAGUCCAUUGGUCAUAGAAACGGACAUACUGGACAACACCAACGAGGCCAACAACGACAAUCAGAAAUGCCAGUGGAUUCAAGUCGGGAUCGUCAGCUGGGGCUUCUGCGGUUUCCAGAAGAGUAUAGGCCCCGUACCGGACGUUUACACUCGAGUGACAUCGUUCCUGCCCUGGAUCGCGAAAGAAAUGAAGCGCCUGUCAUCUAAACCAUCUAAACCAAAUUCAAUCAGAAUGAAUGCGAUUGGACGACGCGUUUGAAGUGAUUCAUUCUCAUUUGUUGUAUCAGCAACUAACGUUGAGAGAUCCGCCAAAUAAAUCACACAGUGCUGA